ACCGAGCAGUACACCGUGUGAGGAUGGCAGGGGGCAGGAAGUGAAAUCACACCCCCUUCUCUCCUCUCACAUGGAGCACUUGCACAGUGUGUGUGAAUGGUGAGUAGCAGCAGCAACCACAGAAGAUCUCUCCCAAGUGUAAGCUGGAGAUAGGAAAACAAAACUUAGGCUGGUGCAGGUAAGCAGGCUUGGGACAAAAAGGGUAGAGGCACACAGGAGUUUUGUAGAGAUGUGGGGUAGAUGUGGGGUAUACACCUCAGGGGCUUGGAUUUUACUUGUUUAUUUAUGUUUUUUUUUUUAAAUGUUGGUUCUUUUUUUAUUUGUUUUUCUUUCUUGAUUUUUUUUUAAAUUUUUGUGAUGUUUGUGUUCAGUUGGGAACUUGUGAGUUUUACAGUUAUAGGGGAUUAUUUUCUUAAUUAUUAGUUUAACUAAGCUGUCAUUACCUGAUACUACUUGCCUGCUUACAUAAUUAUUUUUUGAGUGAGUUCCCUAUGCAUACAUAUACAAAUGUUUCAUGAAUGUUUUGUAUUGUACACAUUUAGUAAAGAUGAAAUAAAAACAAAUAGUUAAUAAUUAAAAAAAUUAAAGGGAAACUAUAAUACCAGGAAAAUACGUUUUUUUGUCACGGUCUCCCUCCCCCAGAAGUGUAGUACUUACCUAAUUCCAGCAGGGAUGUCCCUCUGCACGGGUUCAGACUCCACCUCUGCUCCUCCCCCACUGAUAUCGGUUGGCAGGGGAGACCUAAUGCACAUGUGCCACAGUCGCAUUAGUACUUCCCCCAUAGGAAAGCAUGUAUAAUGGUCCAAUCAAUGUACCAUUCCUACAUGCUUGCUAGGGUUGUAAGAGCAGCUGGCUAGGGUUAUACAUCUGUGGGUACACUUCAACACAGAUUUUUGUAUUGCUUCUAGUGACCAGAAUGCCGUCCUCUCUGUGAUCAGUUAAAUCAGACUUAUACAUGGUAAAUAACCUUAAUAAUAAACAAUGAAACAAACAUAUAGAUACAUAAUAAUAAAUAAGACACAGACUCAGAAAUGUUGCAGAAAAGGCUGUGGUCUUUUAUUUAGUUUUAAAAUAAUACAACCAACACUUAACAACUUUAUAACCAAACCAACUCUGGUGUUUAAACCCCCAGAGCAUUCACCAAAAAUCUCCAGUAUUUAAACCCCCAGAGAAUUACCAGAGUUCCACCCUAUUAGCCAAAUGAUCAUAAACUCAGCUUAUCCACCCCCCUUUAAAUUAGGCAGGUGACCUCAACCCCACACGCUUCAGCAUGAACUAAUGCUGCAGCACACCCCACCAGACCACAGCCUUAUCGAUCAUACACUGCAAAGCAUUAUUAAAGAUAUCCAAUCCAACAUCAGACAUGUAUACCAUCUUUCAAAUACAACCCUUCACACUGACCCUCAAUAUCCACAUGGCGAAAAAAAACCACCAAUUGAUGGCAUAAAUUUCUCCAUGGCUUUGUUCAGCUUAUGCCUAAAUUUCGCACUGCACAACCAAAUUAAUCUAGGGAUUAUUUCAGACCAGAUAAUUAAUGAUCCAGGGAACAUUUGUUGAAAAUGUAGCAAGUCAUCCUUAAAUUGAUGGAACAAAAUUACUGAUUUAACUUGGCCCACAUCAUUACCUCCAUAAUGAAAAAUAAUUACUUGUGGCCACCCAAUCCGACCGGCCCAAUCUUGUAAUACCUGAAAAACAUCCUCUCUCAAUAGACCCCUUACACCAACCCAAUAUAUCAUAACAGACUCAUAAUCAAAACUUAAGUUCUGGCCAUAAGACCUAUCCACCGCUCUUCUGUGUGCCCAGUGGACGAAAGAAUGGCCUACAAUCCACACAAUCACACAAUCACAGGUCUCGAAUCUGAAACAGGAAGAAACAAGUUAGUAAACUAGAAACAUCAAGGUCUAACAUAAACUUUAAAUCUACUUGAGGACCAACGACCAACUUUCUUGACCACUUCAUCUGAGAGACCGCUUGCUGCCACUUCCGUUGCAGCACCUAUGCAAAAUGAAUGGGAGGUAAUCCUUUUAUCAUUGAUAUCUAGACUUUUACAAGACAGUUGAAGAACGUUUCAAAAUGGAAAUUUAAUAAAGGGAAUUCCAGAUCGGUGUAACAAAAAAUUGCCCUGAACUUUGGGGCGAAUAUUUAAGUAAGCCUUAACAGCCUUAACUGGACAUAACCUGUGGCAAAUAGCCUUCAAUUGUACCCAAUGCCCCUUUCCCAACUGAUCGGUUUUUGAUCUUCUUAAUAUGAUAUUUAGCUUUUCAUUCUGUAACACAAUGUCACCGAACUGUAUACCCGAAUGGCAAGACUUGUUAGCAGAAACAAGCACACUAAUCCUGAAAGCUCAAAAAAUGCCAAUACAAAAGCAGUCAUAAAGAGUUGGGUCUUAAAUUCAUCCUUACAAACGGAGCUCAGAUUUUUAACUAAUUCACCCAACAGCUGGAAGGAGAUAGGGGACCUAUUAUCUAGUACUUGAGGUUUCUUUCCCCAAGCCCCUUUCAACAUUUGUUGGAUAAUGAAUUCCCUAAACACCGUCUUCUUAUCCAGUACUUUUAGAAAAAAUGAAAUACCUAACAGUGCUCUUUUAAAAGAAAAUCUGGAUACACCAACCUGAAGUUUAGUGAAAACAUAUUUAAUUCCAUCUUGUAAAGUAGGAUCAGUAGCAUCCUUAUCCAAUUUUUUUCAUAAACUGUUGCCAAUCAUCCCAAGCUUUCAGAUAUGCUACCCAAGUAGAUGCAGGCAAUGAUAAACCCAGCAAAUGACUUAUCUGGGUGAAGUUAUCUCCCAAAUGCUUUCUGGCAAGCUCGUUCCAACUUCAUCCGCUAGGGGUGCCAGAGAUCUGAAAUACUUGAAAUCAAAACGAGACAAAGCAUCAACUAUACAGUUAUUUUUACCCUACAUAUGCUUUACUUUCACCCAUAUGUUAUUAACCAAGCAAAUAAAACCCAAAUGUCUCAAUAAAUUUAAGACUAGGAUAUUUUUUGCACUAGGGGAAUUGAUUACCCAAACUACUCCUAAAUUAUCACAAUGAAAAAUUAUCCUUUUGUUGGCCAAUUCAGAAACCCAAACCUCCAGGGCUACCACUAUUGUCAGUCAAUAUAUCUUGACUAUCAAUAUAUCUAUUGUCACUAUAUCUUCUUUCUUCUGGCGCCAAGAACUUACCUCAGGGCGUCAAAUACUUGCUUUUCCCGCCUAGGUGUACCCUCGCGGACAACUGCUCCAAUCAGAGCACUGUCUGCGCGGACCCCCUGUUUGAAAAACGCACGAGGGCACAGCAACAGCUGUUGCUAAAUGCCUGCGUGGUCAAUGAUAUUCCCGACACGAUCUGA